CCGCGCCUCCUAGCACGCAUAUCGGCCCCAAGCACGUCGCCUACACGCCUGAUCGCACGCAUGGUGCGUGGUGACGUCGCGGGCGCCAUCCCGGAAGCGCGAGCAAGGCCGCCAGAUGUGCAGGCAGCGGAGGAGGAAGAAGAGAUGGACCCCCCGGACUCGGCCUCGAGGGUCUUCUGCAGCCGCAUCCUGAGCAUGGUGAACACAGAUGACGUCAAUGCUAUCAUCCUGGCUCAGAAGAACAUGCUGGACCGCUUUGAGAAGACCAACGAGAUGCUGCUGAAUUUCAACAACCUGUCAAGUGCCCGCCUGCAGCAAAUGAGCGAGCGCUUCCUGCACCACACAAGGACCCUGGUGGAGAUGAAGCGAGACCUGGACAGCAUCUUCCGCAGGAUCAGGACGCUGAAAGGGAAGCUGGCCAGGCAGCACCCGGAGGCCUUCAGCCACAUCCCAGAGGCAUCCCUCCUGGAGGACGAGGAUGAAGACCUCAUCCCGCCCAGCACCACAACCACCAUUGCCACCUCGGAACAGAGCACGGGCUCAUGUGACACCAGUCCUGACACCGUCUCGCCCUCCCUCAGCCCUGGCUUCGAGGACCUCUCCCAUGUCCGCUCCAGCUCCCCUGCCAUCAAUGGCCGCAGCCAGACAGACGAUGAGGAGACACCGGGCGAGUAAUACUACUCCCUGGCACCCCAAGGGGUCUCAGGGCAGUGGCAGCACUCCCUCGGUGUCUGAGGUGGCAGCAGGUAACCCUGCCUGGAGAUCAGCAGCUUUGCCACCCUGUUCUGUCACCUGGAGCUCCCCAGGGGACAAGGCUCCCUCCCAAGGGUGUGGGACCUCCUAGGGGUCUGUCAUUCCCACUUCUUCCUCAUUGAGAACAUGUCUUCUGCAGACCCUUCUGCCAAGCCAGGGGAUGAUCAGCUUGGCUGGAGUUGUUGGGCUGGGCAUAAGGGAGCUUCUCCAGAGCCAGGCUUGAAGUUUGCUCUAACCAACAUUUAAAGGCUCCCAGAGACCAGAGCCAGAUAGCCCCUGCCCCAGUGCCUUGGUCGACACCUCCUCAAAGUGGACCAGCACUGUCUUGUCUGAGUUCACCCCAGCCCAUCCCUGCACCUACUAAUUCUGGUCUCCUUCUCCCUUCUUCCAACAAAAGUAUUGAAUACUGUCUCCAAUCGGUAUCUCAAGGAGGUUUCUGAGACAGUUGUAGAAGGCUCAAGAUGAAGGCUGGCCAUUCAGCCACAAGCCUGAUAAGGCCUGUGUUUCUCUGACCAGAGGUGUGAACCCCUAGGGCUCAGCAGGCCUCUCCCAGGGCCUCCAUGGAGCAAGCUGAGCCACCUUGGAAAACAGAGUUAAACGGAAUAUUUUUGUACCCGAUGUUUACAGAUGCUGUUGGGAAGUUAUCAAUAAAAAGACUCUGUUACUAAAAAGGGAAGGGUGUACUUAGCAGUGGCUUCCUUCCAUCCUUGGUCCCAGGCGGCCGUAUGGGGGAUAAGUAAGUGCAGGAUGUGAGACAGGAGGGGUAUGAACGGCCAGGUACCAUUGAGCUAGAAACAGAUGUGGCUACUGUUGGGAGUCUCCAGUAGCAACCAUAAUAACCCAACUUCCUAUCACCACCUAUGUAUGUACUCACACAUACAGUUGUUCCCACUGCUCACAAGUAUUCCCUUAGCUCUUUGAAAAACUCCUCCUCCAGAUUUGUCUCAAGAUGGACUCCUUAGGGACCCAGGCUGAGUCCCAUUCCCCAGUAGACACUGUAGAGUUCCCUUGUCUUUUAAGCACUUAAAAAUUUAAUUAUGUUAUUAAAGGCAUCUUCCUAGAUCCAA